AUGUCAGGCGUCACGGCUCUGCGCAGACUCGCGCAACGGUCUCUCCGAACCACAAAUGCAACGUUCAAACAACAACCUCAACAGAAGAGACUUUUUGCAUCCGAUCCAAACGCUCCACCGAAAGUGAAUUACCCGUGGCAAGAUCCCACGAACCCGGGGAACUGGAAGGAAGAACACUUGGUGUUUGUGAUUUUAGGCGGGUGGGGCGUGGUUAUCAUGGGCGGUAAAGCAGCCUUGAGUUAA